CGAAUGCAGCCACAAAGAAAGCUGCGGGGGCGACGUCAACGCCUGGCCAUCCGAAUGGAUCCGGAGCUGAAGCGGAAGCUGCUGCCCUUUCAUCUGCGUGCCUUGGGUGUGGUGGAAAGGAGUCUGGGUUCCCCCUUGGCCUAUGAGGCGCAGGUGCUGCGACCCGAUGUGGAGCACACAAUGACGGAUCUGGAGACGUUCAUCAAUUUGGUCAAGUGUGCCUUUGGCACGGGCUGCCUGGCCAUGCCACGAGCCUUCUACAAUGCCGGUUGGGCUGUGGGUUUGAUUGCCACCGUUCUGAUUGGCUUCAUUGUGGUGUAUGCGAUGCAUGUGCUGUUGAAUGACAUUCAGCGGCUGUGUAGACGCCAUCGAAUGGCUGUGCUUAGCUACAGGGAGACCAUGGAAUUGGCGUUGCUCGAUGGUCCCACAUGGCUGCACUCCCUGAGCCAACCACUGGGCUACUUGGUGGACAUAUUGAUGUGUGCCUAUCAUUUCGGCGUGGACUGUGUCUACAUUGUUUUCAUAGCCAAAAAUCUCAAAUUUCUGGGAGAUCUCUAUCUGCAUUCCUUGGAUCUGCGGCUGUAUAUGGCGCUGCUGACCCUCCCACUGAUGCUCACGUUUCUCGUGCGAAAUCUCAAGUAUUUGCUGCCAUUUACUGUCAUCUCCAAUAUCCUCAUUGUCGGCAGUUUUGGCAUCAUUUUGUGUUACCUUUUGCAGGAUUUGCCCAGCUUGAAGCAACUGCAGGCCACACAGCACUGGACGCAGUUUCCUUUGUUCUUUGGCACUGUGCUGUUUGCCAUUGAGUCUCUGGGUGUUAUCUUGGCUCUGCAACGCAGCAUGCGUCAUCCAGAGAACUUUCUGGGCUGCUGUGGUGUCCUCAAUCGUGCUAUGAUCUUUGUGAUUCUCUUCUAUGCGGUGUUUGGAUUCUUUGGCUACUGGCAUUAUGGCACUGAGACGGCCAAUUCCAUACUGCACAAUCUGCCAGCAAAUGAAAUACUCCCACAGUGUGUGAUGGGAAUGUUUGCCCUGGCCAUGUUCUUCAGCUACGCCCUGCAGGGCUACGUCACCGUGGACAUCAUUUGGCGGGGCUACAUGCAGCCCAGGCUGGAGGAGAAUGUUGCCUCUGGCCGAGCCGUGGAGUAUCUGGUGCGCUGUGCCCUCGUCAUUGCCUCUGUGCUGGUGGCCAUUGGCUAUCCGGACUUUGGGCUGCUGCUCUCCUUUGUGGGCUCCUUCUGCCUGGCCCAACUGGGACUCAUCUUUCCGGGCAUCGUGAACAUGUGUGUGCUGUACAGCAAGGGCUAUGGCUGUGGCAGGAUCCUCCUCUGGCGUUCCCUGUUCUUCCUGGUGCUGGGCUUUUGUGGCGGCAUCACUGGCACUGUGAUCUCCCUGAGGGAACUCAACGAAGGGUAUCCCAAAAUGAGGUGACA